AUGGCCCAGACGUCUACGAUAGUGACGGCAUCGGUCGCCGCCGCCGUUACCGGCUUGGUCGCUUACGCCGCCUUCUUCGACUACCAGCGCCGCAACAAGGCCGAGUUCCGGAGAGAGCUUCGCCGGAACGAACGCAAACAACACAAGGCCGAGAAGGAGGAGGCCGAGCAGGAGACCGUCCGUCAGCGGCAAGCGAUCAAGCGGGCUGUCGAUGCAGCCAAGGAAGAGGGCUUCCCUACGGACGUUGAGCAGAAGGAAGCCUACUUCCUCCAGCAGGUCUCCGAGGGAGAGGUUCUUGCCCAAGAUCCCACGCGGGUCGUUGACGCUGCGCUUGCGUUCUACAGGGGCCUGAAGGUCUACCCUACGCCCGGUGACCUGAUCAGCAUCUACGACAAGACUGUAGCCAAGCCCAUUCUUGACGUCCUCGCCGAGAUGAUUGCCUAUGACGACUCCCUGAACAUUGGCCAGUUUCAGGGUAGCGUUAACGUUGACCUCGGCAACAUGCCCACCGUCGGCCUGGACUAA